AUGAAACCAUUGGGUGAUAUAGCUGAAAUAAGCUUAGCUAUGUGUGAAAUAUAUUUGGAUUCCAAGGACGGAGCCAUGGAACAAUUUGAACAAACCACAAAACGUAGAAGCUCCAGUGUUACUACACUUGCAUUUCCAUCAAAAGGGAAAAAGUUUCAAGGAUUUCAAGAUUCGCGUUGUCCUGCCAUCGACUUUGGUCGUGUACUAGGUAGCGGUGGAUUUGGACAAGUCUACGAAGCAAGAUGCAACGGAAGGAAGGUUGCAGUGAAACAGUUGACACUUAAAUCAAAACUACGCAACGCCAAUGCACCUGAAGAAAGCCUGCGAGCUGAGAGCUUGCUAUUAGAAUACAGUCAUCGAAACCUCGUCGAGAUCUUGGCCGUGUUAAACGGUGACUCAAUCGAGCAGUGUUUGGUAAUUAUGGAAUUCGCAGGAGAGAGGAACCUACAGACAAUUAUAGAUGAUGAAUGUACUAGUCUACCUGAAGAACGCAGGAUUCGCAUUGCAUUGGACAUUGCAAGUGGUCUGGAGUUCAUGCAUGAACAAGGACUAGCUCAUCUUGAUAUUAAACCGGCCAAUGUGAUUGUGAACUCUGAAUUUGAUUGUAAAAUCUGCGAUUUCGGUUGCUGUCAGUACGUGGAACUGGGAGAUACGAAAGAUUUUCAACCUCCGAGUCCAACGAAUUCAAGUCUUGCAGGUACUUACACGUAUCGUGCACCAGAAUUACUCAAGGGUGAGUUCCCUACAACGAAAGCAGAUAUAUUUUCCCUUGGAGUCUGUUUGUGGCAGUUGUGUGUCAGAGAACAGCCUUACGGAAUGGAAAGUCAUUUUGUAAUCAUAUUUGGCGUUGUCCAAAAGAACUUACGACCACAAUUUCCAGCGGAAAUUGUUCAAGACAGUCAGAACACAAUGUAUGUCAAGUUGACAUCAUCUCUAUGGCACGCGGAUGUUAGUCAAAGACCUGCUGCGAGACAGAUCGUUAAGACGUUGAAAAAUUGGCCUGUGACCUUGACAAGAUAA